CAACCAAUUACUUGUUUGUAGACAUAGCGAAGCAAUACAAUGUCUCGCAUUCAGUCCUCUAUCAUGUCAUCUUCUUAGCUGCGCGAUUUCCGAUUUCGGCCUGUGGACACAAUUAGAGAAAAGUGUUAGGAAACAGCGCACAACAAGUCGUUGUUCUUGUUGUGCAUGGAGCUGUGAUGGUCAAUUUUAUGCGAUUGGGAUGUUUGAUGGUACGGUAUCUCUGCGUUCUGCCGAGAAUGGAGAAGAAGUGAAAAAGAUUGUACGGCCAGCCGGUGAACCCAUUUGGGCUCUGACAUUUGCUCCGAUUCGAAGUAAUACUUCUUCUGAUGAACUUUUUGUACUGGUAGAUUGGGGACAAACGUUCGCUUCUUACAAUUUGCAAGGAAAUCAAGUUCAACUUAUGCGGGAAGGAAAACUCGGGUACGAUCCAACUGCAGUUGAAUAUUUUAACUACGGCCAGUUUUUGGUUGUUUGUGGUUCAAAUCGUCAAGUUACUCUUUAUAGUCGUAAAGGUACAUUGCUGUUUAAGCUAGUGUUAAUUGCUACGCCUUUUUUCUUUCAUUUGAUUCGUAAUGGAACAAAUUAUAAAGCUUCUUCUUCUGCAGUUGGUUGUGUUGAUGGUACUUUGGCUUCUUAUCGACUAAUGUUUAGUACUGUUCACGGAUUACACAAAGAACGUUAUGCUUACCGUGAAAAUAUGACUGACGUGGUGGUACAACAUCUUGAAAAUCAAACGUCUGUUGUAAUUCAAUGCAGUGACUUGGUUCGUAAAGUUGCAGUUUAUCAUAAUCAACUUGCAGUUCAACUUACAGACUGUGUUAAAAUUUAUCAGCAAGAUGUGCAACAUGCAGAUGGACAAUUAGAUUAUCGUUUAAUAGAAACAAUAAGCAGUUCUUUCCAAUGUUCAUUACUUGUACUUUGUUCAAAACACUUGAUAAUCUGCCAGGAAAAACGUCUUCAAUGCUAUGAUCAUAAAGGGCUCAAGCAACGAGAAUGGAUUCUUGAGUCAUUGAUACGUUACAUAAAAGUUAUUGGUGGUCCAUCAGGACGAGAAGCCAUCUUAAUUGGUUUACGCAAUGGAAUUGUCUGUAAAAUCUUUGUGGAUAAUCCAUUUCCUAUUGAUUUACUCUGUUUGAAAAAUACCGUCAGGUGCCUUGACAUCAGCCAUCUAAGAAGGAAGCUUGCAAUCGUUGACGGGACUGGAGUGUGCAUGACUUUCAGUACGAAAAGUAAACAGCUUCUGUUUCAAGAGCCGUCAUGUAGUAGUGUUGCAUGGAAUGUUGAUCAAGAAAAUCUCCUUUGUUAUUCUGGUGACGGAACGCUGUGCAUUAAAGCGGACAAUUUUACACCAUAUCAACAGCGAAUGCAGGGUUUUGUCGUCGGUUUCUCAGGAAAACGUGUUUUUUGCCUGCAUAUGUUUGCAUUAAGCAUAAUGCAAGUACCUCUCUCUAAACAACUUUAUCAAUAUCUUGAAAAGAAAAUGUACCGAGAAGCAUACAAACUGGCAUCAUUAGGAAUUACCGAAAGUGAUUGGGAAAUUCUUGGUCACGAUGCAUUGCAUAGUUUAGAGCUUGAAAUAGCUCAAAAAGCCUUUCAUAGAACAAAAAACACUCGGUAUUUGCAACUGAUCUCAGAAAUCAAGAAUAUGUUGAAAAAGAAUGCAAAUGAAAAUUUGAUCUUGGCUUACAUGAAAGCUUAUGAAGGGCGGUUUACUGAAGCUGCUGUGCUAUUUCAAAAUGCUAAAAGUGAGCAGAAGACAUUAGAGAUGCUCACUGAUUUGCGUAUGUUCGAUCAGGCUCAGGAAUUGCUGUCAUCAGCUUCUGGAGAGACGCAAAGAGCAAUGAUACGGAAGCAAGCUGAUUGGGCACAAGAUUCGAACCAGCCUCUUUUUGCUACACAAAUGUUCAUUGCUUCAGGCGAUUUCGAUAAAGCAGUUAAUUUGAUGAUCGAAAAUGACUGGACUGAUAUGCUAAUAAAUCUUUCUCAUCACAUUGAUGGAAGUAAUGUUGAUCUGUUGCACACAAUCGCAAAUUAUCUAGGCAGAAAAAACGAAUAUACGUUAGCAUCUCAGUUAUACCAAUCAAUUAAUGACAUUCGAUCUUCGAUAAAUAUGUACGUUGAAGCAAAACUUUGGAAUAAAGCAUUUUCAAUAGCAGCAAAACAUCAGGAUUAUAAUGAAGAAGUUUAUUUACCAUAUGCGAGGUGGCUAGCAGAAAAGGAUUAUUUUGAUGAAGCUCAAAAAGCCUAUCAUAUGGCUGGACAUGAUGUUGAAGCUUUACAAGUGUUGGAGCAGCUGGAGGAAAAUGCAGUGAAUGAAAAUCGCUAUUUAGAUGCAGGCUAUUAUAACUGGCUAUUAAGUAUGAGAUUUUUAUAUCAGUGCUCCUCAGAUCGUGAACUGAAAUCGAAAUCUAUAGAAUUAGCCCACAAAGCAAACUGCUACUACGCAUUCGACGCCAUUCAUAAAUAUUUGGUUACUGAGCCAUUUACAAGCUGCCCUGCUGAAUCUUUAAUCAAUAUUGCUCGUUAUUUGGCUUUCCAAACACAAAUUUACAAAUUAUCACGAGUCAGUAUCUUCUACACUUUGCUAAAGCAAGGUCAAGCAUUGGGUGCAAACAAAUUAGCGAGAUAUGCCUUAGAACAAUUAGGUUAUCUAAAAAUUCCAAGAUAUUUUGAGAAGCUUAUCGAGAUUGAUGCGCUGAUGAUUAGAUCGAAGCCUUUCACAGAUGCCGAAGGCUUAUUGCCCAUGUGUUACAGAUGUGGCCUGUCCAAUCCUCUAAUCGGUAGUAAUGAAUGUGUGCAGUGCAAAACUCCAUUUAUUUUAUCAUUUAUAACAUUUGAAGUGUUACCUUUAGUAGAAUUCACCAUCAGCGAUGAUAUAGAUUUAGAAGAAGCACGGAGAAUAAUAAAUGCUGAACCACCACUUCAUCAAAUAGAAGAGAAUCCUUUACAGAAACAAAUGAACAUGGAGACGAAUAAAAUUAUAGCGGAUCGUGAGACACUGCUUAAGUUAGAAAAGCAUCAAGUAAUUAUUUCUGAAUGGCCACCACCUUUCGUUACUCGUUUUUAUUACAAUGUCAUACCAGAGGUCUCAAUAACACACUGCAACUCUUGUCAUCAUGUUUGUAAUUUUUAG